AAAGCUCAUCGUAAAAAUCUUCCACUAAAUCAGUUUGACUUCGAAUGUCAAACUAUCUCAAUCUACGAAAAAACAACAUGAAUCGUUUCGGAGUACUUAAUUUGGUUAUCGCCAUCGGAUUGGUUGCCCUCAGUGUUACCGAUGCAAUUGACUGCAAUAAUAAGCCGGAUUUUAAGGCUGCAAAAGAUUGUUGUCCUUUUGAGGGUUUUGCAACAAGUGAGAUCAAAGAAAGUUGCAAAAGCUUGAUGAGUGACGAAGAUGGUCCUCCCGCUGAUGGUGGUGGUGGACCUGGAGGAAAGGGACAUCAUGGUCCAAGACAUCGUAAUUCAUGCUAUCAUCAAUGUAUCAUGAAUGCAACUGAAAUGGUUAACUUUGAAACAAUGACAGUUGAUGAGGCAAAAAUGAAAGCAUAUUUGCCCAAGGCUUUAAGUGGUACACCUGAUUUUGUUCAACCUGUUCAAGAUGCUAUUGUUAAAUGUGCUGAAAAGGGUAAGGAAAUGAAAGCUAGACACGAAAAUGAUGAUCAUCCACAUCCAUCACCUCCACCCGGUUCGUGCAAACCCUGUGCAUCAAUGUUGAUGCAUUGUGUUAAGAUGGAAACAAUGAUCAAUUGUCCAACUAGCACAUGGAAGAAUGAUGAAGCAUGCAACAAUCUUCGAGAGUUUAUGAUGGUUUGUAAGCCUAAAGGACCUCCACCACCAAAAUAAAAAGGAUACACAUUUCUUAAAUUUAUUUUUAAAGUGGUUUUAAAAAAUGCCAAAUAUUUCUUA